AUGACGGAGGAUGACCCAACUACUCCGCCUAUGAAGAGAGCCAAUAUGCUGAGCCUUAACGCGAAUGCACCAGGACUGAUGCGCAGCAACAGCUUUACAGGGCCCUCCAGCUCCCAUGACGAGGUACAAGAAUCGUUAAGCUUGGCCAUCCCUGACGAAGAGGGUACCCCAUUUGAAAUUAACCAGCUCAUUGGUAAGCCUGUGGAAAGAACCGUUACGAAAGAAGGGUGCGGGGUCGACGUUGUGCAAGGCGCCGUGGCGAGCUACUUCCCGGCCACAAAAAUGUUUCGCGUGAUGUACUUCGACGGCGAGUGUUGUGACCUUUCCUACCACGAAGUAUUUAACAAAAGUCAGCGCCUCGAGUGCUCCAUCAGCGUCGCCAAAGCGGCUAAAAACUCUUGA